CCAGAGGUUGGGCGGCAGAGGCGUGGCUGAAAGGGACCGGGGUUCAGGGUUUGCUCCUGGUGUGCCUGGCGUCUGUCAUUCAAUCGGAGUCCUUGAGCUUCGAGAACGGCCGGGACAAUGGCGGGAAUUGGACUGGGCUCGGAGGCGCUGGACCUGGAGAAGCUGCGCAUGGCCGGCGCCGGCGUGGCUCUGGCCGUGCUCACCAGCGGCGGGGAUGCACAAGGUAUGAAUGCUGCUGUCCGAGCUGUGACUCGCAUGGGACUAUAUGUUGGAGCGAAAGUAUUCCUGAUCUAUGAGGGGUAUGAAGGGCUGGUGGAAGGAGGAGAGAAUAUCAAGCAGGCAAACUGGCUGAGCGUGUCCAACAUCAUUCAGUUGGGUGGCACCAUCAUUGGCAGUGCCCGCUGCAAAGCUUUCACCACCCGGGAGGGCCGCCUCAAGGCUGCUCACAAUCUAGUACAGCAUGGUAUCACCAACUUAUGUGUCAUUGGCGGAGAUGGCAGCCUGACUGGUGCAAACAUCUUUCGCACGGAGUGGGGUGAACUGUUAGAGGAGCUAGUCAGUGAAGGGAAGAUCACUGAUGAGGUGGCUAAGACAUAUUGCCAUUUAAACAUUGUGGGUCUGGUGGGGUCCAUUGACAAUGACUUCUGUGGUACAGAUAUGACCAUUGGCACUGACUCUGCACUGCACCGUAUCAUGGAGGUGAUUGAUGCUAUCACUACCACUGCCCAGAGCCACCAGAGAACCUUUGUGUUGGAAGUGAUGGGCAGGCACUGUGGGUACCUUGCACUAGUUUCAGCUUUGGCUUCUGGUGCCGACUGGCUUUUCAUCCCUGAAUCACCUCCUGAGGAUGGCUGGGAGGAUUCCAUGUGUGAGAGGCUUGGUGAGGCACGGAGCAGAGGAUCCCGGCUAAAUAUUAUCAUCAUUGCUGAGGGCGCUAUUGACUGGACUGGGAAAGCUAUCACCUCUAAUUACGUCAAGGAUCUGGUUGUGAAGCGUCUUGGCUUCGACACACGUGUGACAGUACUGGGCCACGUCCAGCGCGGUGGGACCCCCUCAGCAUUUGAUCGAGUUUUGAGCAGCAAAAUGGGUAUGGAAGCUGUGAUGGCCUUACUGGAAGCAACACCAGACACUCCAGCCUGCGUUGUGAGCCUCUCUGGGAACCAGUCGGUGCGUCUACCCCUAAUGGAAUGUGUGCAAGUGACCAAGGAUGUCCAGAAAGCAAUGGAUGAGAAAAGGUUUGAUGAAGCAAUCCAGCUCAGAGGGAGGAGCUUUGAAAACAACUGGAACAUUUACAAGUUACUUGCGCACCAGAAACCAGAACAGAAAAAGAGCAAUUUCAACAUCGCCAUCCUCAACGUGGGAGCCCCGGCAGCAGGCAUGAAUGCAGCAGUCCGCUCUGCUGUGCGUGUUGGGAUUUGCCAGGGCCAUAUGACAUUUGUGGUGAACGAUGGCUUUGAAGGCUUGAGCAAGGGACAGAUCCGAGAAGUGGGAUGGCACGAUGUGGCAGGCUGGUUAGGCCGUGGUGGGUCCAUGCUGGGGACCAAGCGAACUCUCCCAAAGACAUGCAUGGAAAAGAUUGUAGACACCAUCCGGAAAUUUAACAUCCAGGCACUGCUGGUCGUUGGUGGAUUUGAGGCCUAUGAAGGAGUAUUACAACUGGUGGAGGCGCGUGGACAGUAUGACGAGCUUUGCAUUAUCAUGUGUGUGAUCCCAGCUACCAUCAGUAACAAUGUGCCUGGGACAGAUUUCAGCCUGGGAUCAGAUACGGCUGUCAAUGCUGCCAUGGAGAGCUGUGACCGCAUCAAGCAAUCUGCUUCUGGCACGAAACGGCGGGUGUUCAUUGUGGAGACUAUGGGGGGUUACUGUGGCUACUUGUCAACAGUGACUGGCAUUGCAGUUGGAGCCGACGCUGCCUAUGUGUACGAAGAACCUUUCACCAUCCAUGACUUAAAGGCAAAUGUUGAACACUUGACUGACAAAAUGAAAACGGACAUUCAGAGAGGCCUAGUUCUGCGAAACGAGAAGUGCCAUGAGCACUAUACCACUGAGUUCCUCUACAACCUGUAUUCCUCGGAGGGGAAAGGGAUAUUCGAUUGCCGGAUCAAUGUCCUUGGUCAUCUUCAGCAGGGAGGUGCUCCAACCCCAUUUGACCGCAACUAUGGCACCAAGCUGGGGGUGAAAGCUAUCCUGUGGAUGUCAGAUAAGCUGAAGGAGGUUUACCGCAAAGGUCGUGUGUUUGCCAACGAUACCAAUUCUGCUUGCGUGAUAGGGCUGAAGAGGAAGACGGUGUCCUUUAGCCCUGUGACUGAACUCAAGAAAGUAACAGAUUUUGAGCACAGGCUACCCAAAGAGCAGUGGUGGCUGAACCUGCGCUUGAUGCUGAAGAUGCUGGCCCACUACCAGAUCAGCCUGACUGAAUACGUGUCUGGGAAGAUGGAGCAUGUCACCCGGCGAACACUUAGCAUUGAGAAGGGGUUCUAGCUACCACCUGUUCCUUCUCCCCUCCGGCACAUAUUUGCUGUAGCCCCUCCCCACCCCCAGCCUUCUCAUGCCUUACGAGUGUAGUGCUGGUACCACUGUGAGCCUGCAGGAGUAUGGCUGGGGGCAGUGUAGCUGCUUUCUUGUGCAGGGCUAUGAGAUGGGGAGGAGGGCAGGCAGGCAGGCAGGCUUUCCUUGGUAGCAGAAGUGUGGAUACAGGCCUUGGAGUCCAUUCCAAUAUCAGAAGCUAUUGCUUUAUUCUCACUAUUCAGGUGUUCCUUAAGGCACCUGAUGAGUCCUGCUAGGGCCCAAGAACUGCUGUUGGCCACUGUCGUAUCACCCAGCAAAACCUUACCUGGCAGGUCUUUCAUCUUCAUGUCUUGCCCACAAAGGAGCCAGAAAAGAGCUCUGCCAGAAGAGCUCUUCUUUUUCCCUUUGGUUGGGCUCCUAGUGCCAACUAGGCGAGGGCAGCAUAUCUGAACACUUGGUUGGGAAGGCAGCAUUCUGUGGCUUUACAUGGAGAACAGUCUUCUCCAUGCCCAUCUGACUUAGUGUGCCUGAUUCACUGUCUAUAGCUAGUGCUAUAAGGAUGCCACUGCCACCACUGUGGCCAUGUUGUAUCUGCACUCUGUCCCGGAUGCAGUUCUGUGACCUCAGUGUCAUGUUAUCACUGUAUUUGUCUGUGGCACUGCUUGUGUCCUGUAGAAAUUUUAAAAAUCACUGAAUCAAACCUGUGUGUUGGCUGAUUCUGCUUUUGGUUGGUGAGCUAAUUUUAUCAUGGUCUGGAACUUUAGUUUAAGGGGGAAAAAACCCUUUUUGGAGCAUGAUGUAUGGAAACGAAGGGGAAGAUGGGAGACUUUACAGUAAUGACCGUUCUGGCAUACUCCAGACAAAUAUUAACCUCCAUCCUGCACAGUUCCUUUCUUGCUUUCUGCUACAGCUAGAAUGCUGCUUCAGUUAGGCUACAUGGUAUCUGGGAUCAUAUAGUGAGAGAUUAUGGUAACAGUUCUAUGUGUUUACUGCCAGGUAUAAUCAAAGGUAAUUUUCAACACUUGCUUCGAGCCAGACCCUAAGUUUGUGCCAUGUGUAUCCCUUGUACACUUUUCUGGGAAGGGAGUGGCAGUGCCAAAACAAGAGGCCUGCCAAGUCUCUCAAAGCUAAGAAUCAUAUUUGAAAAUCCAUGACUGGAUCUUCUCAGUCUUUUUAAAAAGAGCAAUAGUAGCCAUACAGAGUUUUAAUUUAAAUUACCCAUUCUUUCCAUAUACACUUUUGCCAAUCUUUUUUUUUUAUGGUAGGAAAUAGACCACCCAGCACUAAGUCUGUUUUGGUCUUAGUUACAUUUACUCCACUUAGGAAAUGCUAAAACUAGCAGAUACUGUUCCUAGUGGUAAGCUACUGAGAGGUAUUGUCCCUGGGCCUUGGGAAAUGUUUU